GGCAGAAAGACAGUUACGCUGGGCUGCCAAUAGCUCAAUGGCUGCGCUACCCAGAGCGACCCCAAAGAACUCAAGCUGAGAGACCAGCCAGAGAAGGCGUAAGGAGAUCAGGGUGUGUGGACAGGGUAAUAGAUCUAAAAGGCUGCGUGCCAGUCUGAGCCAGGCUGUAGUAAAGAUCACAGCUCUCCACCUGCCUAGUCAUUAGAUCAGCAAAACCAUCACCAUCUCUUCGCUGGCUGUGGGAGAGCCCCCUUCUCUGCAACACCCAGCGUCCGCAACAGGCCCCCUGGGUCUUUGUGCCUCGUUAGCUCUCCCAUCUCGUUCCAGAUCUGGUCUCGGCCCUACGUGAGUCUCAGACUAACGCACUUCAGCUGUUGUAUAGUCUCUCACACAAACUAUCCUGAACUGAAUUCUCAAACUGCACAAGGCUAGUGGCUGUCCACCCCCCAGGGUGUAUUUACUGCAGCUUCAAGACAGCAACUUAAGCAAACUGGCCAAUGCCAGCCCUGCAAAAAAAGAAUUUUGUUUGAUCACGGAUUGAAAAAGGGAGGGCGACAUGCCCAGACUUGCCCAGACGAAAACGAGUACCUGGCCAAUACAAGUCAAUCAGGCGUAGCAUGGGAGCUGGAGGAGACUGGGCGCCUUUGUGUGAAUGAAUAAUUGGCAGAUAGAGAAGAGAAGGAAGGAUUGUUUGCUGCCUGCCACUCAAGUGACCUGCUCAUAGAGUAGUCCAAAAGGAACACUACAGACGAACGCCAGUGAUAGUACCACUAGCUGUGGAUCGGUCUCCUCUGCUGAGCACACAGCACUUGGUGCUCCUGCCGACGAUAAGACAGGAUUCGGAAGAGUCUGACAGACCCAGCUCCCCAAGGAGUGAGACUGAAGGCUCCACUGAAAACCCCUACAUGGGGGGAAGGAGUCACUCCUUAUAGACACCUGCAGAGAGAUUCCUGCGCCCCUCCUGGUCACAAGGCAGCUUUCAGAGGGAUGUCGCUCAGCACUCCGAGCCAAUCUCUCACAUCGGACACAUACCUGGCUAAACUCCUGGACGGAGCAUGCAGCCUCCGCUCACAGAACGCGCUGUGUGAUGUAACGCUGGAGGCAGAUGGGGUUCGCUUUCCAGCGCACAAGAUCAUUUUGGCUUCAGCAAGCAAUUACUGCAAGAUCCUGUUUGUUGGAAACGCGACACGUGCCGGGAGCCCCAACGCGAACGUGCAGCUGAAAGCCAUCAGCGCUGGGGGGCUGAGGAAUGUUCUCAACUUCAUUUACUCCAACAAACUGGAACUCUCCCUACAGAACGUCGAAGAGACGUUCAAGGCGGCAGAAGCCCUUCUCGUCCGGGAAGUGAUCAAGCUGUGCUUUCAGUUUCUGGAGGACGGCCUGAAUCACAAGAACUGCCUGGACACACUCAACAUCGCUAGGAGGCUUGGUCCAGAAGAGUUGAGACAGAAAGCCAUGUACCACGUAGGGCAGCACUACAGACAGAUACUGACUGAUCCUCAGUGCAUGAAGGAGCUGGACAAAGAGACCCUGUGUGAAAUCUUAGACAAGACAGACGUGGCAGGGUGCACCGAGCUGGAGCUAUUCAACGCUGCUGUAAGCUGGCUGCUGCAUGACAGCGCGAGGCUGAAAGGAGCGGCAGAUAUUUUAAGGCGAAUCCGAUUUCCUCUCAUUCCUCUGCGGGAUCUGCAGAGAUACGUGCAGGAAACACCCAUUAUGAGGGCAGACUCGGAGUGCCAUAGGUACCUCCAGGAGGCUCUAAUCUACCACUCCCAGCUGUAUGCUCAGCCAGUCCUGCAGACUCAACACACAAGCAUCCGCUCCAGCUCCUCUAUGCUGCUGAUUCUUGGUGGCAGAACCACGGACAACAGAGUCUGCAGAGACAUGUGGGCUGCAGAUGAGAGCUGCAGUGCAUGGAGAAAGAUAGGUGAACUCGCCACACCUGUCUACAACCACUGUGUAGCUGUGAUCAAUAACUUCCUCUUUGUCAUCGGCGGCCAGUCCAGAUUUGAUCCCGCAGGGAAACAUCCUUCAAACGAGGUGUUCCGCUUUGAUCCCCGUGACAUGUCAUGGCUCCAGGUCUCCAGCAUGCUGGAGAGGCGAACGCGCUUCCACGUGGAUGUGCUGUCUGAUUGCAUCCUGGCUGUGGGUGGCGGGACGCUGCUGGGGAAGCUCACCAACACCAUGGAAGCAUACCAGCCUGCGCAGAACACGUGGGAGUGCGCUGCUCCCUUCCCCGUGCCAGUGGCUGAUCAUGCAGGCACCAUCCACAAGGGAAUCCUCUACAUUUCAGGGGGCUUUUCUGCUGGCAAGACCUUGAGGGACACAUACAGCUACCUCCCUCGCCUCCGGCGCUGGAUCGCUAACCGUGCCAUGACCUUCGCCCGGUGUGACCAUGGAAUGGCUGCAAUCAGAGACAGGAUCUUCUGUAUUGGAGGCAGGACUUUAAAUGCUGCAGAGGAAUGGAUUCAAGUGAACGAGACAGAACAUUACUGCCCGAUGACUGACCAGUGGACCACGCUAACACUAUCCCCCUUUGGCUGCUGCCAGUUCAGCAUCGCUGUGCUCCACUCUAGACUCUAUAUCACAGGAGGCGGAUCGCUGCGACGCAUGAGUAAAGAAGAUGGCGUGUUCAUCUAUGAUCCCGACGGGAGGAUAUGGAAGAAAGCUGGCUCCCUGCCACAUGCUUUGGUCGAUCAUGCCUCCUGCAUGAUUAAACUGUCCUGUGAGAUGACAGCUGACCAGCAGGAGAGAGGAGUGAAGUGCUCGCCCGGUGGCAACAGCAGAAAGAGAUCCACUCUCAGCUUGUUCAUCACCACCAAACAAGAGCCCCACUCGGCUUUUUAAAGGGAGCAGGAACUGGAUCCGUGAAGGAGCUGCUCUGAUGGAGCACGUGGCAAAUGCCCUAAGCGUUUUAAGAGCUCUCCUCAAUUCGUAGCCAAACACUGCUGCUUGGGAUUUAGGAGCAGCACAUUCUUGGCUUAACAUUAGCACGGUGCGGGCGUGCACUGCUGAGGUGGCAGUGCAAGCAGAAUGAACGAGGAAGUGGAGGCAUGUCCUAGCCGCACUGCGCUGGCCUGGAUACUUCUCUAAUUUUAAAAAUAAAGAAUAUUUUCCCUUCUAAAUCUCUAA